AUGGCCGGCUUGGAAGGUUUCGAGUUCUUCGAGAUCAUAAUUGAGAAAUCCUGCAGUAGGCAGAGGCUGCCUGACAAGUUUGCGAAGAUGCUCGCCGGUCGUGAGCUCCAGAAAGUGAAGCUGUGGCAGGCCGACAGCGGGCGUCGCAGGCUGUGGGACAUGUUGGUGGUGUUCUACGCCAAAGGCCACAUGUACCUAGGGCCCGGCUGGGAGCAUUUCGCCCACUCCCAUGACCUGCAGCUCGGGCACUUCCUUGUCUUCCGCUACCAUGGCGACCCCAUGUUCACGAUGAAGAUGUUCGACAACACCAUGUGUCGCAUGUACUACCAGCACGACGACGAUGCCAAGGAGCAGAGCCGGGAUGACGAGGAGCAGAGCGGGGAAGAAGAGGAGCAGAGCGGGGAGGUGCAGCCUAUUGAGGCUGACAACGACCUUGCUAUGGUGGUGGCUGACAACGACCUUGCUAUGGUGGUGGCUGACGAUGACCUUGCUAUGGUGGCUGACAACGACCUCGCGAUUGUGGUGCUUGAUGAUGACCUCGUGAUGGUGGUGCGUGACAAUGACCUCGCGAUGGUGGUAGCGCCGGCGAUCCCAUAG